UUUCGAAACACAAACAAACAGCCAAUUGCGGAAAAAUGCUUGUCAGAUCAAUUUGAGACGUUGGGCUGUUAGUGUCGAGUGGUUGUGAAGUCUCGCGCGCAACUUAAGAAAAAGAUUAAAUCUGUUAAUGAUUUUCGUGGUAAUAUUGUUUGAUAUAACAAUAUAAAUAAAGUGACUUAGUGUAUAUAUUACAGAAAAUCAUUUGACUUAAGGAUGCUAAUGCUAAAAUGCUAUUUGAUAAUGUUCAUACUUAGCACCGUGGUAACUGGUGAUUAUAUAAAUACUGGCGGACCACGCGUCGUCACAGAGGGAGAUGACGCUUUGUUAACAUGUGUAGUAAUGGGUGGAUAUCGUAAUGACACUGUAUUGUGGCGUAAAGGACCUUCGGAAAUUUUAGCUGCAGGCUUAAAUCGUGUAACGAAUGACAAAAGAUUUAGCGUCCUACACGAUGAUGCACCGAGCAAUAAAAAAAAACCAGGCGGUGAUGUUUGGGUGUUAUUAAUAAAAACUGUGAAACCUGAAGACAGCGACGUGUAUGUUUGUGAAGUUAAUAGUGAUCCUAUCAUAAAAAGUUUUCAUCCGUUACGAAUCAAAUCAAAAAAUGGUACUUUCUAUGCAAAUACACUGGUGAAGGUAGAAAAGAACUCUGAUGGGGAUGCGAUCGAAUUACUGCCCCCAAGUAUUGCUGGAAAUGAUAGUCAAUAUCAUAAUUUUCCUCCGACUAUAACUCAUGACUAUACUGAUUGUUGUGAGUCAUUUAAUGUGACAACAAAGUGUCUAGGAUUUUGUACGGUUCACAAUAUUUUGGAUGGAACUACGGGAAUUGAACCGGAAGCUUGUGAAGCCGAUUUUUCGAAUAUCAUAAAAUGUAUGGCAGAUGGACGUAAUCAUAUGCCAUGCUGUGAGAGAAAAAAGAUUCCUGACUUGUGUCAAGACAUGUGUCGUGGAGAAUACACUCCUUUCACUGACUAUCUUAAAUCGAGGAUUUCAUGUGCAGCACAUACAAUACCAGGCCUUGAAUGUAUUCUCGAAGGCAUUCAAAAAAUUCCAAGCGCUCCGACUGCAGUUUUCGUGGAAGCAUUAAAUGAGAAAUCAUUACAGAUAUCAUGGAUGCCGCCAGAAAAUCUAGCAGAGACUGUGAAGAGUUUCAAAAUAAAUGUCACAAUUCUACAGUCUUUUGACGAGGAUUUUUUGGCUAACACAACAGCUUCAACUAUUUCUGUUAAAGUGCCUAGUGAAUUGAAUUCAACAAUCAUAAACAAUUUGCAGCCGUUUACAAUGUAUUCGGUUUUUGUAACUGCUGAGAAUGAAUUUGGUUCAAGUUUGCCAAGUAUACGCAGACGUGCUCUAACAUUAAAAAAUGAUAUGGUUAAUGGUGGUAACAGUAUUGCUGUCAUCCCGAAACUUCCGGAUGUUAAAGGAUGCUGCAUAUCACAAGGAAUCACGCACCGAACGUGUCUUGACAAAAUGUGUGAUCCAAUCAAAGCUGAUUUUACUGAAGUCCCUGACUUAAUGGUGUGUGCGCCUUGGGCUAAUAUAACUUUCUCAUGUUUGGCUAACAAUAUUGACCACACACCCUGCUGCAAAUCAAGAGGGAUGCCAGAUGUUUGUCUAUCAUUUUGUGAUGGAACCGUCAAAACAAUAAAUUUCAAUGUUUUCAAGUGCCUUCAAUAUAUGUCCGAUUACAGUAGUUGCUUAUUACAAGGUUAUGGCGUUCUCCCUGGUUCUCCAAUACGCUUAAGAGCAUUACUUGUUUCAAGUCAAUAUGCUAUUUUGGAAUGGAGGCCCCCAAAAGUUCUUGCUGAUACAGUCAAAACGUAUCACUUAAACAUCAGAAAGUUGGGCAGUGGUGACGAAUAUGUAGUAGUUGAAAAGAGCACACCACCAAUUAUUUUGGAUAAUCUUGAAGCUCAUUCAAAUUAUGAAGCUUAUAUAGUUGCUGUUAAUGCUCAUGGAAAAUCGUACCCUUCACCACGUCUAAUAUUUCAAACAAAAUCUGUCGUCGAAUCAGAUCCAGUAACACCAGCUUAUAACAUGACAACAUGUUGCAAAUAUUCUGGAUUGUUACCACAAUGCAUGUCACUUUGCUCAUAUGAUAUCAAGAUGUCUGAUUUACAAACGUUGGGAAGUGCAUGUUUAGCAUCAGUGGGAGUGGUUAUAAGAUGUGCUGCUGGGGGGAGAGAUCAUUCCAAGUGUUGCACUCGUCGAGGUGUAUCAAGUAAAUGCAUGGCGAAUUGUAAAGGUAUCAUGACGCUACCAACUGAAUGCGUUUCGUACGCUGGGAAUAUUAUCCAAUGUUUUGAAGAAGGAACUGGUAACAUUCCAGGACCGGUUGAAAAUCUCCAUGCAACAAGGGUUACAAAUAUUAGUAUAACACUGAAUUGGUCUCCUUUUGAUAACGAUACAGAUAACAAACAGAUUGGCUUCAAAGAUUUUCUUAUUCAGUAUGGGAAAGUUGACAACAUGACAAUGUAUGAGACUGUGAUUAAGUUAGAGAACGAAGUUUCGUCGUCGGACACGGAAAUUGAUUUAAAUAAUUUGGAAUCGAAUACGUUAUAUCGUAUUAUGGUCGUUGCGCGAGGUCAGUAUGGUAAUUCUCUGCCCUCAUCAAUGCUUCUUAUCAACACUUCUAUGACAAAUAACGAUGCGUUGGUGUAUGGAGCUCCAUCACCACCACACUCAUUAGUUGUGUCAUCUCAUGGAGCAACCUUCAUCACAGUUUCAUGGCAACCACCAGAGUUCUCACAUCCCCAUGAGAAAAUAUCUUACAGAAUGUUUCAUCGAAGUGGGAAUAAUGUGACAAUUGUCGAUACGAAGAUGCUUUGGGCGAGGUUAAAUCGCUUGACACCCAAUACUCAGCAUAUCUUUUAUCUUACGGCCAUUGGUUCGAAAGGAACAUCGCUACCUUCAGAAACACUUGUUGCUUGGACAGAUCCAGCUUUGCCGGCUUUCAUAGAUCCACCAACAAUUCACCCUAGUGACUUUGUGUCAGAAGGAAAUAGCAUGACAAUUUUAUGUCUUGCAUUGGGUAAUCCAAUACCAAAUGUUAAACUCUAUGUUGGAGGUCAUUUCGUAAGAGCAGAAACGACGAGACACAUGGUGACAACAGUUCAUAACGUGACUACAGAUAUGGAGCAUGUUUCGUGCUAUGCUGAUAAUGGUUACGGUGUUCCAAUGCAAACUUCAAAAAAAAUAAGCAUCAAUUUUGCACCGCGAAUUCAAGCUGCGGGUAUUCAAGUGGCGUCAGUGGGUGAUUCAGUGGAGCUUAAGUGCUCCAUCAAAUCAAAACCAAUUCCAAAGACUAUGUUCUGGAAAGAUCAUGACGGACGCAUUCCAGUUAUACAAUCAGCGAAUUAUGACAUGACAAUGAUGAAUGACAUUAACGACCCAACUGCCUACACAAUGGUCUUACAUAUUAUGAAACUGAAAACUGAUGAUGUUGGUGAUUAUUUCUGUCAUGCUGAAAAUGCUCUCGGUUCCGUCACAAGACCUGUAUCUGUAAGGAUGAGAAACACAGCCGCGGUGACCAACAUUGCUGAAUGUUGUGCAAUUCAAAAUGUUUCAUCAACUUGCAUGGAUGCGUGCAGUUUUUAUCUUGACAUUGAAUCUGUAAUUGACCGUCCAGAAUGUUUAGCAGACUUUGAUAAACUUAUGAAAUGUGCAAGUGACGGCAGUGACCAUCGUGCAUGUUGUGCUAUGAAAGAAGUCCCUAGAAAAUGCUUGAAUUGGUGUCGAGGUGAAGCAGUUAUUCAAGGAGGUCCAGCAUGUGCAAUUCAAUAUACAAAAUCUAUUGUGGGAUGUUUCCAAGAAAAUCAAAAUAGACUACCGGGACCUCCACAAAACCUAAAGCUACAGAAAAUUCUUGACGAUCAGGUAUUAGUAAAAUGGGAUCCUCCAAUAAAAAAUCCAAACUCUGUCGAGGGAUAUCGAGUAUUUUGGCAUAGUGCUGAUUACCGAAAUGAAAACCUAACGACUACUUUAAGUGGCUUAGGUACAAGUCGGUUAGAUGCUAAAGAAACAACCAUUAAAAUUAAUGGACUUGAACACAACGUGCUUUAUGAAUUGGUUGUCAAAGCUGGAAAUUCUCAUGGUGCUAGUAUUCUAUCAGAGCCGCUCCGUUUUACACUCGACGAUCAAAUAACUUCAGCUCAUUCAGGUGGUAAUGGAAGUAUUGUAGGGGGCAUUUUUGCUGGACUUUUAGCAAUUAUUUUAAUAGUUGUUGCUGCAUUCUUAUUCAUGAAAUCGAAGAAGCUAAAAAAUAAGAAUGCUAAUGGUGGAGUUGCAUUUGAGAAUCCCAGCUAUUUGAGAGAAACAAAUGUUGAACAAGUGCAUAUUCAAACAAUAUCAAAUAAUCCUCAAGAAACUAACAACUCAACAGCAGCUGUCAUCACAUCAAACAGCACAUCAUCGAACAAUAUUCCUACAGCUAGUGAAGUUAAUCCAACGCUUUACGAAGAUGACGAGAACAAAAUGUUGAAGCAUAAUGUGAAAGAAGAAAACAUAAACUGCUCAAAGGCAACAACAGCAUCAACAGUAUCGAAAACAGAGUUUACAAUUAAAGAUAAUGACGGCAGAUCAUCACUCGAAAAUCUACCUAAUGCAGAAGUGGUGAAGAAAAGAAAACUCGAUGAAAGUAAAAUGUUAAUGGACAAUAAUGAAAAUUCUUUAAGUGUUGACAAAUUGAUUGAAAUUUUAUCUUCAAAUGAGACAAACAGUGGUAAGUUACCCUCAUCAACGAUGUCUUCAGCAAACAUCUAUAAAAAUGAGCUAGGAAGCAAUUCACUACUGUCACCUGUUCCAUCAACACUCAGUUCGCCAUCUUCAUCGUCAUCUAAAAUAGGACUAAGUGAAUCAAUUUUAAGUUCUGGUCCAUCGCCUAAAUCACCACUUAAAAAGUUUUCUAGUCCCCAUCAUACAAAUGGUGGUAAGCCGAUGAUUUCCGAUAUGAACAAAAAAAUGAAACAAGUGUCAAAGCGUCAACCUCGUGCUGUUUAUUAUCAAAGUAAAAUUAGUGAUAAUUCAAUUGGAAUUAAAAUCUGUAUCAAGAAAGCUAUUUUCAAGAUGGUAGUUAAGGAAGAAGGAUCUAUACCAGCCGCAUGUCGUCUAGCAAGUAUUUGUUCCUUGUGGAGAGAAGUUUCUUUGGACACGAAACUAUGGCGAACAAUUGAUCUGAGUACUUAUUUUAAGGAGAAAUAUCGAACUGAACUCAGACUUAAAUGGUUUAUAGAGAACCGAAUGCUCGACAGCGAAGAUGUGAACAUAAGUUUUUGGAAGGUUACAAAUACGCUUUGUGUUCUCGUAAAACUUUUUGAAAACUGUCCUAAUCUCAUCAGUUUAUCACUUGCUGGAUGGCGAGCUUUAACAGCUGAAGACUUAGAUUAUCUCGCUGCAAAUUUUCCGAGAAUUGCUCGAUUAGACUUGAGCUCAAUUAAUACUGAACUUAGCGCUAGUAAAACCGCUGUUAAUCUUCAAUCUCUCGUUAAUGCCAUUGAAAAAAUUAAUAAACGGAUGACACAUUUGAAUCUUGCACAUAAUCGCCUUUCAGGUAUUCCUCAAAUUACAACUGCAUUAACAACGCAUUGUCCAAACUUAAUCAUGCUCGAUUUAUCGAAUGUGAAGACUAUUGCUGUAUCACACGGAAUGUUUAAUGUGGAAAAGCUUCAGGAAGGAUGCCAAAAACUUAAGAUUCUUCGAAUUGCAAAUUCGCAUAUUCAAUUGUCGAAUGCAUCCUUACAAGAGCAAAUGACAUCAUUAGGUUUUCCUGAUCUUGAAGAACUUUCUGUCGCAUCUCUUGCUGAUGAAUCUCGUUUAAUGAGCGAUGAAGCGCUUCAAAGGAUAUUGAAAUCAAGCACAAAAUUGAAACUUCUUGACGUCAGAGGAUGUGCCCGACUUACACAUGAUAGUCUCAUUCGAAUACCAGCUUGGGACUUGAAACAUCUUUUCUUAUCAGGAUGUUCCGCGACAAGGGAUGUUGGAUCCGGGCUUGAACUCAUCGCAUCAAAAUGGGCUCACAGUUUAAUCGAGUUUGACUUAGCGUGGGCCACUGUACAGAAACCACUUGACAAUGCUUUGAAAGCAUUAGCCGAUAAAAGGGAAGAGAGUCCUUUGAAUCAUCUUAAUCUCUGUGGAUCAGCUGUUUCAGUCGAAGCUGUAAAAGAAAUUCUUGACAAUUGUCCAUCAUUAAUUUCAAUCAAUUUAGCAUCAUGUCGUGGUCUUCCGCGCGGUAUUAAAAGAUUACUUCAAGGUAAAACACAACUAAAUGAACUUCGUGAGAAUCUUAAAAACGGAGAUUAAUUCGAAUGCCUCGUAUCGUCGAAAAAAGCGACGUUGAUGUUGAAAAGAAAAGUACAAAAAAUCAAAACGAAAACGAAAAAAUAGUGAAAUCAAGUAAAACAACUACAAUACAAUAUAAAUACGGUGCAAAAAUUUGUUUUCGUUGAAUAACAAAAAAAUAAAAUAAAAUACAGAGAAAAUAAAAACUUCAAGAACCAGUAAACAAUCUAAAUACAAACCUAGUUGAAGUUUUCAAAAUUUUUUUGUUUUUGAAUGCAAAUUUUAAUCAUUCCACUUAAAAAAAGUAAUUUCAAAACAUCUAGAACCAAGUGAUGUCAAUUCAGGAACCAUUAAAAGAAUAUAGACAAGUGCAAUAGUUAAUUGGAGAAAACAAACAAUUAGGUAUAAAUCCAAAGAUUUUUGUUUACCGUCUGACAUCAUAUUCAAAACAAAAAAUUAUUGCAAUUAAUCAAAAAAUAUUCAUAACAGACCAAUUGGGCACAAAAGAAAUAAUUAUCAUGAAUAAAAGACGAUUGAAAAAAAAACACAGAACUUGUGCCUAGUGAAAAAAUAUUACGUACAUACAUAUAAGCGGGAAACAUAAAAAAAUUUCACACGCUGUUGUAAGUGAGUAAGUAAGUUAGAUGUAAAUUAAGAAUUAUUGAGGGAAUUCUUCUUUAAUUUUAUUUAUUUAAAUCUAAGGAAAAAAUUUUCCGAUUCGAUUAUGAAUUUUCUUUUUUUUAUCUUAAACAGUUUUACACACAUCAAUGUUAUAGAAGGCAUUUUUGUAUGAGGUUUGAAUCGUGUGCUGAAAAUACCUUUUGAAUACUAUGAAUACUCGCAAAUAGCGUUUAAAAAUUCGAUCAGACAAUUUCACAGUUCUACUCAAAUAUGUAUUAAUUAAACACGAUAAAUAGAUUUCACAAGGAACAAUUUGAUUAAAAUGCUAAUUUAAGUUAAAAUGUAAUAAUUGUAAGAUUAAGAUAAAAAAAAAGAAAGUUUAAGGUUGAAAUAGAAUGAAUGAUUUAUCUACUUAUAUUUGUAUGAAUGCACAAUUAAAAAAUGCAAUAUGUAAUAUAUUUCAUUUGUUCUAAUCAGACAUUAAUGAUUUAACAACAAUUAAUUUAGAAAAAGUUAUUAUGUUCUUGUUCACGUUGCAAAUUUCACAAAAAGAUGAUGAAUAAAUUUUUUUAUAUAAUUUUAAGUAAAGUUUUUAUUAUCAUAAUAAAGAUAUUUAUUGAUUUUGAUCUAGUUGUAAUUAAAUUAUC